AAAACCAGACCCUGCUAUCUUCCCCACUUCGCCCAUUCCGCCCCAGACACUACAAAAAAAAAAAACACCCCCCCAAAAUAUUUUCCAGAAUCAAUCAAACCCAUUUUUGUUCAUUUCCAGAACGACAUCGUAUCCCACAAGCAGUAAGGCUCACUACUUGUUGCAGAGAGGGGAAAUACAAGAAUUUGUGGGGAGAGCAAGAUUAGACAAAAGCACCAAAGAUGCAAGGAGAUCAAGAAAACAUUGCUGAUGCCUUAUCAAACAUCCCUGUGAAGCGUAAACGUGGACGCCCACGGAAAUAUCCAAGACUUGAUCCUCAAGAGAAUGCUUCUCCUGUGCCCAGGUAUCAGAACCUGAACUUGGGAGAGAAUGCUGCUGUUCCCCCUCCUGGAUUUGUAAGGAGCAACGGAAACCAGGCCCAACAAGCAGCACCAACUAAUGGUACAAGUACAACUGAUAACAUGGUGGGAAUGGUUGUUUCUGGUGUUGUUGAAGCAUCAUUUGACGCCGGCUACCUUCUCAGAGUUAGGGUUGGUAAUACUGGUACCACUUUGAGGGGUGUUGUCUUCAAGCCUGGACAUUACGCUCCUGUUGUUCCAGAAAAUGAUGUGGCUCCAGAUGUUGAAAUGAUCCAACGGCAUGAAAUUGCCCUCCCAGUUGAGAACCAUUCUUCUGUUCAUGGCCAUAAACCUCAUUCAAGAGAUGCUUCCCACCCCGUUAAUCAUGUGGCUCCGGUGGCUGCACAAAAUGUUAAUCGAGUAACGUCCAGAGGCAACUUGAUGCCUGUUGUGCUCGAACCUUGCAAGGUAUCAAAUGGCCCGGCACUCACCAGUGAAUCGAAUCCCGUUGCAACCCAGGCUGCAACCGUAGCAACCUCAAAAGGGAAACAGGUUGUAUCAGCUGCUCCAUCGAAUGGGUGUUCAAUUCCCAACGACCAGGCGUCAGCAGUUCAAAAUCAAAUGCUCGGGUCCCAACCUCACACCGGCCAUCAGGUAAUAUAUGAUGCUAAAAUAAAUGAGAAUGGUCCUACUGAUCCACCCUCUGUAGAGGAGCUGCGUAAGACAGAAGCCAAGCAAAUGACAUUGCCUGAGAAUGUGCCCUCAGAAUCAACUGAGAGUCACGUAGAGGCUAGUAACUUGGCUACUCAACCCUUAGUCGAGCCCCUGCAAGCAGUAGAGCAUAAAGACCAUCCUGCAUCUGCUUCCAAACCAAUGGAGGAUGGCAGAAAUGGCAAAAUGUCCGAGCUAUUGCAGGUUUUGCAGGAAAGCAUGAAGGAGAGGAUGAAGGACCAAACUGAGAAACUGUUCGGAGAUGGACAAAAUGAUCAUUCAAGCACACCUUCACAGGCAUCUUGAACGAAUGUUAUGUAUACGUGCCUCCUUGUUGGACAUCAGGUCUUAGCAUGAUCAGCCAAUUGUGUAUUAGGAAUUUAAAUUUUUUUCUUUUUUAAAUGAUGAAGGAUGCUGGGAAAGUUCAUUUAAGUACUGUUCUCUUAUGUAGGACUGAGAAGAUUUUAAUUUUACCCUGUUGUAGUUUUAUUUGACUAAUAAAUGUAUUUUUGUUUUUUUU